UUGGACCCUUGGUGGUUAGUCGCAGUGAUUCGGUAGCCGCCCCAGGCAUGGCAUCGUGAACAUGUCGUGCCGUGAGCCCGUUUCAUAUACAGCCCGGAAGCCCCAAAGAGCCUCCCUUCUCAUCUCAAUUCUGUCGCUCGCUGUUUGCUGCUCUGUUGUCGCUCCUUGCGCAUCUCCACUACUGAACGUGUGAGCUGUGUCGUUCUCCACAGUCAUUUUAGUGUUUUCACCGUUGGCAAUCGUUAUACGAGAUGCAGCUCACAUUUCUCGCCGGGGUGGCCGCUGUGGCUGUGGGCGUGAGUGCUCAGACGUCUGUCAGUCCUGAGCAGGCGCAGUCCGUCCUGAUGGUCCUCGCGACCGCAUUGCCUGCCGAUGUGCGCAGCUACGCAAUUGCCUCCGAGUCGGCCUUUGCGGCCGAGAUGAGCUCGUCGCUUGCUGCCGGCAGCACUCCAGGGUGGUAUGCAUCGAUGCCAGCCGAUGUCAAGAGCAUCCUGCCUCUCCUGUACCCUGCUGCUGCUGAAGCUACGACCACGCCUGUCGUCAGCUCGGCUGCCGUCUCCGCCAGCUCGACGCCCAUGGGCUCGAACAGCACCUCCAUCUCGGCCGUCCACUCUGCGACCCUGUCCGGCUCGAGCACUGCUACUGGAUCCCCUCUUCCUGAGUCCACUGGCGCUGCGUCGCACGCGAAGGCCGCCGUCGGUGCCGGUCUCGCUGGUGUCGCAGGCUUCCUUGCGAUGCUGGCAAUGUGAUCGCGAUCGUCUUUUGCACAUGGCAGCUUCUGUGCGCAUACAGCGCACGGCUGUAACAUGAUCAGACGGUUUCGGCAUCUUUAGCGGGCGGCGCUCCGGAUUUAAACGUUCUUCACGACGCUAUGUUGCUAUUCAUUGGGGGCUCGUAGGAGCAUUCGCAUUAUACCUGUUUGACUUUGAAGGAGGAUUGGGGAUAUUAGUGGCUCCGGCUGUAAUGUUUAGCAUGAUGUUUGGCGGUUUUACGAUCUUGAAGGGAAGGGAAGAUGGUGGUUUAGUUGGCUGACUUUGGAUGGAGGUUGAUGACGGCGGCAUAUCAAUAAUCUAUAAUCUGUUGAUGCGCAAGAAUUCG